CUAACAUUAACCCCUUAGAUAAAGUAUAAAUUACCGAUUUACCACGCGCUGGCCGUUGUCUUCUCAUGUCAGAAGCAAUAUUAGCAUAUACAUACAUUGCGCUUACCCUCUCUCACUGACUGACUCUAUCUCCCUCUGCGCUCCUGUUACCUACCUGGAUCCAAUCCAAUCCAAUCCACCUUCUCUCUCUCAUACACGUCAGCAAUGCCGGGUCUCGUCUCAGUCAAAACUCCGGCGGACGCUCCGCCGCUACGCCUCGCCGUGCCGGAGGCACAGCCUCAACGACCCGAACCCACGAACCCACCACGGACUCCGAUGAAGAAGCCACCGUCCCCGACCCCAUCCCGAUCCAAACCCUCCCCGGGUCGACCCGGUAAGAAACAAUCCGACUCACCGGGUCUAUCCUCCGCCACCGCCGCCGCCGCUGCUGCCAUGGACGAUCCGUCUCUCGACAACCCCGAUCUCGGCCCGUUCCUCCUCAAGCUCGCCCGCGAUGCCAUUGCCUCCGGCGAAGGACCCAACAAAGCCCUAGACUACGCGAUCCGCGCCACCAAGUCGUUCGAGCGCUGCUGCGCCGCCGCCGCGCCCGCCAUCCCCGGCGGCGGCGACGGCGGACCCGUCCUUGACCUCGCCAUGAGCCUCCACGUUCUCGCCGCCAUCUACUGCAGUCUCGGCCGGUUCGAGGAGGCUGUCCCGCCGCUGGAGCGGGCCAUCGAGGUUCCCGACCCGACCCGAGGAUCCGACCACGCUCUCGCAGCGUUUUCCGGCCACAUGCAGCUCGGAGACACGUUCUCGAUGUUGGGCCAGAUCGAUCGAUCUAUCGCUUGCUACGAAGAAGGGUUGAAGAUCCAGAUCCAGACUCUGGGUGAUACGGAUCCACGAGUCGGAGAAACUUGCAGGUACUUAGCAGAAGCUUAUGUUCAGGCAAUGCAGUUCGAUAAAGCCGAGGAGUUGUGCAAGAGAACUCUAGAAAUCCACCGUGUCCACAGCGAGCCGGCCUCUCUGGAAGAGGCGGCUGACCGACGCCUGAUGGCCAUAAUCUGCGAGGCCAAGGGAGAUUACGAAAACGCCCUCGAACACCUCGUCCUGGCCAGCAUGGCCAUGAACGCCAACACACAAGAAACCGAGGUUGCCUCCAUUGAUGUCAGCAUCGGCAACAUUUACAUGUCGCUGUGCCGGUUUGACGAGGCUGUUUUCUCAUACCAGAAGGCUCUUACUCUGUUCAAGUCCUCUAAAGGUGAGAACCAUCCAUUGGUUGCUUCGGUUUUCGUCAGAUUGGCCGAGCUUUACCACAGGACGGGGAAACUCCGUGAGUCCAAAUCCUACUGUGAGAACGCAUUGAGGAUAUACAACAAGCCGGUUCCUGGCACGACUGUGGAGGAGAUUGCCGAUGGAUUGAUGGAGAUUUCAACGAUUUACGAAUCUGUGGAUGAACCCGAGGAGGCGUUGAAGCUGCUUCAGAAGGCGAUGAAAUUGUUGGAGGAUAAGCCGGGACAGCAGAGCGCCAUUGCAGGGCUGGAGGCACGGAUGGGAGUGAUGUAUUACAUGUUGGGAAGGUACGAGGAUUCGAGAAACGUGUUUGAGAGCUCAGUGACGAAACUAAGGGCGGCAGGGGAGAGGAAAUCAGCCUUCUUCGGGGUUGUAUUAAACCAGAUGGGAUUGGCUUGUGUUCAGCUCUUCAAGAUCGAUGAGGCGGCUGAACUGUUUGAGGAAGCCAGAGGAAUUCUCGAAAGCGAGAGAGGGUCAUGCGAUCAGGACACACUCAGUGUCUACAGCAAUCUGGCUGCGACCUAUGACGCCAUGGGAAGAAUAGAAGACGCCAUUGAAAUACUGGAGCAGGUUCUGAAGCUGAGAGAGGAGAAGCUGGGGAUAGCGAACCCUGACUUCGAGGUGGAGAAGAGACGUUUGACGGAGCUUCUGAAGGAGGCAGGCCGAUCCAGAAACCACAAAGCCAAAUCUCUCCAGAAUCUGAUCGAUCCCAACGCCAGGCCUCCCAAGAAAGAGCCUUCCGCUAAGAAAUGGCCAAGUCUGGGUUUCAAAUUCUGAACCAGGCAUUAAAACAAAAAACAGUUCCACACACACAUAUAUAUAUAUAUAUUAUUUCGGUGUUAUUUGGGGUUCUGGAAAAAUUCAAUCUUUGUAACAUAAAAUGGGCCCUGAUUGUACAGUGUUUACUUUGAGCAUGUUUGUAUUUGAGUUUGAGAAAUUCUUGGAUCUAAUUCUUUGUGAUUUUAUCCCAUUUAAGUGUUGGUAUUUUCAAUGAA